AUGCGCAGCAUCGCUUUCAGCGCCCUCGUGGGCCAGGCCCUCGUGGGCGGUGUCAUGGGACAGUUCACCAACACCACCACCACGGCCGCUCCCGUGGCGACUCCUCCUCCCAGCGGCUACGCGGGGGGUGGCACCCUCGCCUACUCCGGCACCGUGCCGUUCGGCCUCAUCAGGACCAUCGCGACGGGCCAGGCCAUCAACGUGCAGUUCGGCGACCAGACUCUCCUUCUCACGUCUUUGGGCUGCAAGGUUGUCCCUCCUGGACAGUCUCCGUUCGUGGCGACCGGCGCGUUCUCCCCCGACGGUCAGAGUGAUCAGAGCUGUGUGACGGCCUGCUUGGCAGGCUUCCCGACUUUCACUCUGACUCUGUCCGCCGAGGUCAUGACCAUCGACCGCUGUAUCGCUGCUUGCACCGUCAGCAAGCGCUACGCUGCCGUCUUUGGCAACGACUGCUUCUGCGGCGACUUUGUCGACGAUGUCAACGAGGUCAAGGCCCCCGAGGAGCAGUGCAACAUUCCUUGCCCUGGUAACUCUGCCCAGCGCUGCGGUGGCCGUGCUUCUGCUCCUCUUCUCAAGCGCCAGUUGCCUGGAGUUAUCGCUUCCGACAUCCGCUUCACCAUCUACGUCAACCCUGCCGUCAACGCCACCGUCCCUGGAGCUUCCGGUAGUACCACCUCGGUUGUCACUACCACCGUCAGCGGUACUGUGACUGUCGUCACCACCGUUGUCCCCACGGGCUUGCUUCCCACUGGCGGCCUUUGCGCCAACGGGAAGUGCGGCAACAUUCCCUGUUUCGGCGACGACUGUUACAAGGUCAUUGUUGGGUACGGUGAAUUCUGUGGCUUCGACUACACUUGCAUCGGCCCUGACUGCUUGCGUCGCCUUGUUUGCAACGAUGGUGUCUGGCGCCCCGAGGCCUGCAACGGUUACGACUGUGGCCGCAAGAUUGUGUGCACCUCUGGCAAGUGCAAGUACGUCACCAUUGGCAUGGCCGAGUACGACCAGAAGAUCACCUGCUACGGAAACUUCUGCAAGGUCGAGGCCUGCACUGGCGAUUUGUGCAACAAGAAGUACGUCUGCGCCGACGGCUCCUGCACCUUCCAGACUUGCCCCUUUGCGGAUGCCGGCAAGAAGUUCGACUGCACCGGCGACAACUGCACUAUUGUCAAGACUUGCGACGUCUGCCCUACCCCGGCGCCUCCUUGUGAGAAGUGUGUCAUUGUCAUUCCCCGGCCUCCCGUCACCACCACUGCUUGCAACGGCUCCGUCUGCACCACCGUGACUAUCUCGCCGCCUGCCAUCACCAAGACACCGUACCAGACUGAGCCCCCGGUUACCAUCUUGAUCCCUUCUCUGCCGCCCGCCGUCGGGACUACCCGCUCUCAGCUGCCGCCCACCAUUGGGACUGGCAUAAGCAUUUCCACGCCCACCACCGUUGUGACUGCUGGAACCAGCAAGCUCGUCGCCAGCUUUGGCGCUCUUGCCUUCAGCGUCAUGGCCGCUGCUCUUCUCCUUUAA